AUGGUAUAUUCAAUAUGCGCUGACCUGCUCAAUUUUAGCUUCAUCCAAGUCGCUGGUUGGACACAACACAACCACUCCACCGUCCAACGCUCCUUUCCACAAUUACGAUCUCAUUCGUCCUCGAACAACGUGGCCAAGAGUAUACCAAAGUCAGCGAAGCUCGUGCCGAGGUCUAUAUCUACCGGAAAUCUGAAAUCAAUGGCUGCUGUGGCCAACGCGCCCGGCCUUCCUCCAUCGCGAGUUUUAAGCCCUUUUCAUGACGACGAUGGAACCAUGAGUACUCUACCAGACCCUCGAAGCCGCACAAUGUCUCCUGCAAACGACCAUGGCUCAUCCACCCCCACACAACAUCCUGAUCUAAGUAACGAGGUUGCCACACUCAGCAACAAACUUAUAAAUGCUAUCAAUCACCAAACAAACCUAGACGAUAGCCUCUCCGAGACCCGAAUUCAGCUUGAAGCAUCCCAAAAGCGUGUCAGGCAGCUUGAGCUAGAAAAUCAGGAGCACGCUGAUUUCCUAGCCCGCGGAGUCCUGGUCAGGAGGUCUAUUGCAGACGCGGAAAAGAAUAAGCUGCUUAUACUCCUAGCUGAGGAGAGACGGCAGCGGGCGGAAAUUGAAAAAGAUAAGAAAGGCAUUGAACAGGAACUCGAAAAUCUAACUACGGCAUUGUUUGAGGAAGCAAAUAAGAUGGUGAUAACUGCUCGAGAGGAGGCACAAAAAGAACACGAUUUUUUGCAACACAGAAAUGACCAACUCAAGGCUCAAUUGACAGACACAGAAGGACUCUUAACAUCGCACCAGGAGCAACUCUCUUCACUAAAGCAGGUUAUGGAGCAAAUGACCGAGGAAGAGGACCAACAUACAAAUCCGACAGCACCUUCCACACCCGGCUUAAGUAAAUUUGACAGCAAGGAAGAUAUCUCUCGCGAGGCAGACACAGCACAAUCGUCUGUCCCCGAUGCUGUAGCCCCAUCUUAUCCGACGAGCUUCACCCAUCUCUUACACCCAGUUCUCCGAACCGACCUCUCAGCCUACGAAGACUUCACCUCCUUAUUACGAAUGUCUAAGAACGUUGUUGGCAGCCGAGCUUCUAGUGGAUCCUACGGCAGCAUGGGCUUGGGCUUAGGUUUGGGAGCUUAUUCUGGGGGGUUGCCAGCAAGUGGCUCCACGCCGUCAAUUUCGACUGCUGCUACUCUGGGGUCCUCGCCCGCAACUCCAACGACACCUUCAUCUAUCAUUAGUAACGGCUCCACUAAUGGACCGAAUUCUUUGACUCCACUAAAAGACACCAAAUUCUAUAAAAGGACGCUGCCCGAAGAUAUUGAGCCAACUCUGAGACUAGAUACAGCGCCAGGUCUCUCAUGGCUAGCUCGACGAACCGUACUGAAUGCUAUUUGUGAAGGCUCGCUUGUUGUGGAGCCUAUGCCAACUUCUACGAGACCGUACGCUUUUGCAUGCGCGCUUUGCGGCGAGACCCGCAAAGAUCCCACGCAUAUUAGGAGCCAUCGAUUCAGAACCAGUGAAAACGAAAACGCCCAGAAAUAUCCUUUGUGCAAGUAUUGCCAUGGCCGUUUACGCUCGACAUGCGAUCUUCUGGGCUUUUUACGGAUCAUAAAAGACGGCCAUUGGAGAGCAGAUGACGAGGACGCGGAGAAAGCAGCUUGGGAAGAGUGUGUACGAUUAAGAGAGCAAAUGUUUUGGUGUCGGAUGGGUGGCGGAGUUAUUCCUACUCAACAUAUGCACCAAGAACCACGAAGCCCUCGACGCAGUGGAGACUCCAGAAUCGAACAGGAGAAGGAACUGAAAGAUGAGGUUGUACGGACAGGCGAGAUUCAACCCCGAGACAUCACACCUGUGACGGACCAACAUCCUGCCAGUUUGGAAAAGUCUACUUUUCAGAGAACCAGCAAGCCUGUUGUCCUGGAGGAUAAUGCCGAAGGCCUAUGGCAAGCUGCGCAGGAAGAUGCAGCCGCCCCUACGCUAGUUGUGGAAGCCUCUGUGGAACCGGAACCGGAAUCUGUCAAAGAGACAAUCAAUGAUGUGGAUGAUGAGGCGCCCGCUGAAAAGCAUGACGCUAUCAGAGAUUCGAUCAAGUCAACAGCUACGUUGGAAAUAACAGACGAACACCUGAAAGAAGGUGUUCAGAGGCUCUCCAUCACUAUCCCUGGAUCCUUCACAGAUGAAGCUUAG